UAUUUUUAUUCUUUUAUGUAAAAAAAAAAAAAGACAACAAGUUUAAUGAAAUUAAAUAGCGAGCCUUCAACUUCAACAAAUUUGCCCAAAAUGUAGAAACUUAGUUUUUGUAUUUAGUCAUCAUCUUUUAUACGAUACUCCACAUCCAGUAGCAGUUCAAUUAAAAGCACCAAAUUCCUCAAAAUGAUUCGCCCAAAACCCUAAUUUGAAACCGUCUCCCUUUUAUUUUACCUAUCAGAAAUGAUUCAUGGUAGCGAUGAUGAUGCAGCAGCCGCAGCAGGCGACACCGCCGAAUCCUCCUCCUCCUUCCGACUCUUCACUUAGAUCCCCCACCUCAACUCCCACUCAAUCCCCUCUCCCUCUCCGCCCACGCCAGCCCCUCGAGCAUGUCGCGGUUCCAAUCUCCGCCGCUCAUCCUUCCGGUGAGCCUCUCGUAACCAUGGGGACCGCCGCACUUCCACUCGCCAGAGUUAGGCUAUCCGAUAUUUCCCCCUAUGAUGGUGCCCCUUCUGCUUCCUAUGUGAGGGCCGUGGAGGCUUUUUCGGGUUCUUUGAUGCGACACAAUGCGGCGGUUAUUGAGUUUGGGAACGAGGAUGCCGCAUUGAUGCGUUGCGCCUUGGAAGCCGCGCGGUUGUACUUUCGGAGUAGGGUAAAUACUGCUGGAAAAGGAAGUCGUGGGUUUUAUAUGUAUAGGGCUGGAAGGUCUUUGGAAGAUUGGGACUCAUCUCCCCCAUGCAUGGCUGAUAUAUUUAGGUGCAUGGGGAAGGCAGCUCGUGUUGCUUUAUGUGCAAUAGCAAGGCACCUUCGUUUACAAAGCGAUGUGUUCAAUCAUUUACUUGAUGAUACCCCAUUACCUGCUAAUGAGGUGUCCUCAUCGGUGCUUGUUGCAUCCUACUCUCACAUGUCUUUGCAAAAUGGAAAGGGGGCUAUUGGAGGAGGGAAGCCAGGGACUGCUGGUGAAGUUGAGAAGGGGUUGUUGACAUUGAUUUCUUCAGAUGGUCCUGGUCUACAGGUUUGUGAUCCCAACGGUCGUUGGUACCAAGCAGAUGCUGGAUUAGCUCCUGGGGAUAUGUUGCUCAUUACUGGCAAGGCGCUUAGCCAUGCCACUGCUGGUCUUCGUCCUGCUGCCACCUAUAGAGCUGCUCCCGAGUACCUAUCAGGCAUUAAUAAUGGUGGCAGGACAUCACUUGCAUUCAGGCUCAUGCCGCAAGGCAAUGCUAUAUUAGAUUGCUCUCCAGUUGCAGCUGCUGGUCAUGUCAUUCCACAAAGCUAUGUACCAAUAUCUGUUAGCCAGUUUAUGGAUGAACUUUCUGCUGAAGAAGAUGUAGUGUGCAAUCGUUCUGAUAAUACUUGUGUAGCUCGAAGCAAUUUGAAUAAGCAGCCUUCAUUGAGAAGCGUUCUAUCAGACCCCUUGUCUGGUGCAUUCCUUGAAGAUGCUGUGGUUGUUUCUUGUGGACAUUCAUUUGGUGGUCUCAUGUUGAGGAGAGUCCUUGAUAUGGUAAGCAGGAUAUUGCAAUUAAGGAGAACAAAAUGUUGCUUUAUUUUCACGCUGCAUGGUUUCCUCAAGAAAAUGACAGUUCUGCCCUUUCUUGGGGAUUUAGAGUCAAGAUGUACACUCUGCAGUGCAGACAUCGACUCUGGAUCAUUGAUCCCUAAUAUGGCUCUAAGAGCUGCUGCUUUAGCUGUGAAGCAAGAGGAUAAUCGGAGGCUAUUCCAUAAUGCUGCUCUUCGUAAACGACGGAAAGAAAUGGGUGACCAAAUUGAUUUAUCAAAGAGAUCAAGCAGGGAGAAUGGAGAGAUUGGUGCUGAGGAUGGGUUGCAUAGGGGCGUGCAAUAUCCAUUUUCAGUGAAUGAGAAGGUGUUGAUUAAGGGAAACAGGAGGACACCAGAAAAGUUUGUUGGAAAGGAAGCCGUUAUUACAUCCCAAUGCCUCAAUGGCUGGUAUUUGCUUAAGAUAAUUGGAAGUGGUGAGAAUGUUCGUCUACAAUAUCGAUCUCUUUGUAAGAUCAUGAACCCUCAAUCCACCAUUGAAGAAGAUAGAUGUCCUUCACAACCGAUUCAGAACAGUAGCUCAUAGUUAUAGCUGUAAUUACCUUUUACUCACGGCAUAAAGAAAACCUCAAAUACCUAGAGGAAUAGUGAACUUGUCCGGCUGUCAUAGAUAUGUAAUUUCCUUCUCUUUUGUUUCUUUGGUUAUACUAUUGUUGUAUUUGAAUGUUGUUUUUAUCCAGGAAAAGUAAGUUAUUUGACUCCCAAUAUCAUGUAAGAAACUCUGCUUAGAAAAAAGGAACUAUGGAAUAUGUAUAAUACGACCAGCUUGCAUAUUUCUA